GGGAGGCAGUUGGGGGUCAAAGGGCGCCAGUGUUGCCAUGGUAACAUUGUUGUCCCGGCGGCCGGGCCGGUGCCUGGGUGGAGGCGCCGCCAUGGAGUACACGGGGAGCAGCUACGUCGGGGACUACCACAAUGGCAGGAUGGAAGGAUAUGGGGAGUAUACCCUCCCAACAGAAACAAGAUAUGAGGGAGAAAUGAGAGACGGCAUGUUUCACGGCCAUGGAACCUUGUAUUUUCCCAAUGGAAGCAAAUAUGUUGCCACCUGGGACUCUGGAGCUGUAAUAGAGGGUAGCUACAUAUUUGCAGAUGGCUUGGAAUAUGAAGAAGACUGGAACUACUGUGAUGGUUUUGACAGGCGUUUUUAUACUGAAAUAUGUAAUGGAUUGAAACCAGCAGGUCGAUCCCAGCUCACAAACCGAGAUCCUCCAAGAACAAUUCCAGCAGGUUGUUACGACUGUGGUGAUGGCUUCUACAACCCAAGAACAAGAGUUAUCUCUGAUUACAACCACGAAUUUCUUCGUAAUGCAGAUGACGAUGAGCAUGAAUGGAUAGUUCGCACCUGUCGGAAGGGUUGGGACCAGAUAACAGGAUACAGGCCUGAACUGCACCAGCAACAGCUGCCGAGAUACCCCUCGUGAUUGGGUUUGAGCUCCGCGGUAGUCACGAUAGCAUGUCACUGUAUCCUCAUUCCUUUAGUGUUAACUGUAUUCUGCAUUACAUAGUGAACCUUGCUGAAAUGGUCAAAUUUAAAUCCUUCUCGCACAUUAUUUACAAGACACAACAAAUUCACAAAUUAACUUUUUAAAGUUAUGAUUUAUUAUUUGGGGAAGUAUUAGGAAAUAAUUCUAACUAAAUUUCCCCAAUUUUCUAUGUUGUGCAUACGUCUUAAAAGAUUUAUGACUCAGUUUUGUUCAGUUUCACAAUUUUCUGCCGAUUAGUGUGCUGGGCCUGUUUUGAUCUGAUACAUGCUGACUAGCUUCUGUCCUACAAGUAAAUAGAGGUGUUUUAUUAUUGAUGUUCUGAUGGUGCCCACUCUAAAUACAUCCUUUAGAGUAAAGCUCAUCUCCUGAAGUGAUAAUUGAUUCCCACUCUGGUUAACCGAGAAUACCUUGUUACUACAAUGUGAAAAUACAGGAUUACAAAUUGAAGACAAACAUGCUCCAAAUGAAUUACCUUGUUAACCAUUUAAAAAUGAUUCUUGAUAUAGAUUUCAGAUUUGGUUUGGAAUGUAGUCCUUAAAUGCUGUUAAUGUUUUCCAGGAAUUAAUUGAGGAUAUGUACUCUGCUUUAUAGAUACAAUGUGAAGUAGAAGUACUGUUGAGCUUCAGUAAUCAUGUAAUUCACAAACAAUUAACAGAAGUGUUGGUAGAAAAUGGAAAAAUAUUUAUUAAUUUAUAAGUUUAAAUGUUAAAACAAAGUAGGCAUUUUAUGUUCUAUUUCACUUAUUCAGCCAACUAAACAUAAUUAUAUCUGUAAAUUCAAAUUAGUUAGUGAACACCUUUUAAAAGUCAAAAAAUGUAUUUCAGGACAUUUUUUUUGGGACACACAACCCUUUACUGGCCUUGUGUAUCUCAACAAAAGGUUAUCAAACGAGCUGUGCAAGAAACAUUAUACAUCCUUCAUUGGUCCUGAAUUUUAUAGGAGCAUAUAUCUGUACAAAAUCAUUUAUAUUUUAAACAUGCUAUGCUUCAUGUUUGUCACAGAAAUGGAAGGAGAACUAUAUAUUGAUUUUAAGGCAGGAGGUUAAUCCUUGCGCAUCUUAUUUUGGAAAUAAAAGUAAAAAAUAAGCACUGAAAUUUUCCUAAUGUGCUCGUGUCUAUGUGUGAUUGCAUUCUCUUAGUCUUUGAUUCACCUCAAUACUUUGUAGAUUCUGCUUAAUCACAUAUAAAGAAUCAACUUUACAAAGAAGGGGAUUGAGUAAGCAGAGAAGGAGUUUAGAAGUGGUGCAGUAACUGAGCAGCUGGUACUUUGACCAACUAACUGUUCACCCACUGUUCUGCACUGCACUGAUUGCUGGAUUUAGGAGAGGCAGGAAGACACAGGCUGUCACAAGAGAUUCUGCAGAUGCUGGAAUCUGGAGCAACGCACACAAAAUGCUGGAGGAACUGAUGAAGGGUCUCGACCCGAAACGUCAACUGUUUAUUUCCCUCCAUAGAUGC